GACUUGCUCUUGCAUGUUUCAAGAGGCCAGCUAGCUUUAUAAUGACCUAAUUGCAUACAGUGCACCUCCCAGAAGGUUUCUCUGCAAACUUCUGAGCAAAGCAGCUGAGGUGUAUAUAAAAGAGGAAAGUCCUUUUGGGACGAUGGCGACCGGCUCCCACCAGCUGUUCCUCAUGGCUGCAGAUUUAACACUGGCUUCUGCCCUCUCCUUUGUCCUUUAUGUGCUUGGCUGCCUUUUCCUUGCGAGCCUCUCCAGCUUGGUGAUCUUCCACUUCUCCUUUGGGCUGCUGAAGAGAGCAAAGAGGAAAGCGAAGAGGAAAAUCAGCCUGAAAUGGAGAGCAAUCCUGAGCCUGGUUUCUCGGAGCACCAUUGGAGGGAUGCUUGUGAAGAUAUUAGACCGAGCAAGUUCUGGGUUGCUGGAGGUCCACCGUUCCUCAGAGGGAGAAAGGGCGUCGAUGCUGAAGAAGGAAAGCUCCUCAAACACCAGGGUGACACAACUCACAGCGGGUAAGGAAAAGAACCAGGCAGUGAUGCAGACCCUCAUUGAGAGUCCGCUCUCUCGGGAAGGUAUUUCCUGAAGUAGCUUGGGUUGUUUAUAAUCUCAGGGCCUACUCAAUCCCAUUGAUUUUAUAGGACUGCUUCUGGUUGAAGACAACAGUUUGACUGGGCCUAGCUCUCCAGAAUCCUCUCUUAUUCUUCUCUCUGCCUUGGGUCUUCUUUCUGUUCCAUACAUAAUCUAUCAUUAUGUCCUCCUUGGUGUGCUGAUUGAGACAGAGAGUGCUAUUGUGCAUGGAAGCUGUAACCUGUGCCAUAUUAUAUUAUGUGUGAAAAGAUGUAAUCCAAGGCAAGGUGGAUCAUCAUCAUCAUUAUUAUUAAUUGAAUUUAUAUACCUCCCUAUACUCGGGGUCUCAGGACGGUUCACAGAAUAAAAUCAAUAUAUAAAACCACAAAAUACAUAAUAAAAAUAAAAAGAACAACCCAAUAAAUGGAAAGGUAAAGGGACCCCUGACCAUUAGGUCCAGUUGUGGCCGACUCUGGGGUUGCGGUGCUCAUCUCGCUUUAUUGGCCGAGGAAGCCAGCAUACAGCUUCCGGUCAUGUGGCCAGCAUGACUAAGCCGCUUCUGGCGAACCAGAGCAGCGCAUGGAAACGCUGUUUACCUUCCCGCCGGAGCGGUACCUAUUUAUCUACUUGCACUUUGACAUGCUUUCAAACUGCUAGGUUGGCAGGAGCUGGGACCGAGCAAAGGGAGCUCACCCCGUCGCAGGGAUUCGAACCACCGACCUUCUAAUCGGCAAGUCCUAGACUCUGUGGUUUAACCCACAGCGCCACCCGCGUCCCCAACAACCCAAUAGUCCCCCCCAAAAAACCCUAUAUUUUAAAAGGGCAUAUGAUGUGCAUCAGAUUAACCAAAGGCCUGGUUAAAAAGGAACGUUUUUGCCUGGUGCCUAAAGGUGUAUAAUGAAGGCAACCAGGAGAACUUCCCUGAGGAGAGCAUUCCACAGAUGGGGAGCCACUGCAGAGAUGGCCCUUUCUCAUGUUGCCACCCUCUGGACCUCUUGAGGAGGCACAUGAAGAAGGGCCCCAGAUGAUGAUCUCAGGGUCUGGGUAGGUUCAUAUGGAAAGAGGCAGUCCUUGAGGUAUUGUGGUCCUGAGCUGUGCAUGAAAGUACAUUGUGUCGCUACUUGGCUGAAGCUAAGCCGGUCUGGGUUUGGUCAGUCCCUCAAUUGGAGGGGAGGCCACUUGAGAACCCAAAUCUAGUUCCAGAGUGGAAUCCCUUGAGUUCCAUAAUGAAACCCUUUGAGCUCCCUAACAGAAUCUCCAGAGUUCCGUGAUGGGAGAAAGGUGGGAUAUUCAUGGAGUGAAAUUCAAAGAUACGUUUCUACAAGUUGGUCUGAAUGUCUUCUCUGUCUUACCGCAGAAUCUCCUAUGCCAAAGCACCACAAACAGAUGCCGUUGAGCCUUGCCUUCUCAAUCUACCAGGAACCAGAUCCUGCAACCUCUCUAUAAGCAGAGCUGAACUAGUUUUCAGGCUAGGAGAUGUAGCCCACCCUCAGCCUGCAAGUGUAAAUUAGACUGUACCACCAACUCUGUAUGGGAAGGAGUCCAAAAAAAGAGGAGGAGACAGGCAAAGAAGACCUUAAGCCUGCUCCAAAUGGACUGUCCCCUCCUGCCUCCAGGCCAUCUUCCAUUAACUGCCCUGUAGAUAAAGGUGUCGAGAAUUCAAGGGAGGCAGGGAAAGCUAACACCAGGUGCCCACACCUGCUCCAUUUGGACUGUCCUGACCUCAUCAUAGGGCCAUUUAGCACCACCUGCCCUGAGAGAAGUAUUCCAGGAGAAACAUAAAGCAAAGAAGGCAUCACUCAAGCCCUUGAGAGAUGUAUUUGAGUCUAGAUGUAUCAGUGUUUGCCUUCCACUGGAGUGAUGUCAUGAUGUCUAACUAUUACUUUAAAGUAAUGAUUGAGGUUUCGGAAAUUUUAAUUAAAAAAAAUUAAUGAAUGUAUUGCUCUUUAAUUGCAUUAUUGUGUACCACCCGAGUACAUUAAGUAGUGAAGCAUGGUUUUCAAAUUGAACAAAUAAAUAACUAAAGAUGGGGGGAUUGCAUGCAAAGAAGACCCCAGAACCUGCCCCAGUUGGACUGGCAGGGCUACCUGCCAUUAACUGCCCUGUGGGAAGGAUCCCAGGGAAAAGGGUGUCAGGGGCUGGACUGAGGAGGAAUGGUUGGGACCGCCCCCCUCUUCCUGCACAUUCCCCAAAAGAGGAGGACAGUAUAGAUUUAGAACAGUGGUUUGCAGAAGGUCAUAGUUCCUCAGAAGGCUGCAGAGAGGAGAAGCUGGGAAAUAUUGAGGGAGCACCAGGAAGAAGAAGCACCAGGGGAGAGACAGGUAACAGACCCAGUGUCCCUUGAAAGCAUUCCUGACCCCUCACUCCCAGAACCAGGCGUGCCUUGAGAGCAGUGGAACAGAAAGCUCAGAGGCAGAAAGCACAGAUCAGCCAGGACAGGGGUGACGUAGAAUAGGAGGGACUGAGGGGGGGGUGGGACUUUACUUGGAGCAAUGCCAUUAUCUAAGAGAGACCACAUUCCUUCGUCUCUUUCUGUGAAUAUUGAAGAAACUACAGUCAUACCUUGGAAGUCGAACAGAAUCUCUUCCAGAAGUCCAUUCGACUUCCAAAACAUUCAGAAACCAAAGUGCGGCUUCUGAUUGGCUGCAGAAAGCUCCUGCAGCCAGUUGGAAGCUGGGGAAGCCCCACUGGACAUUCGGCUUCCAAAAAAAAGUUUAAAAAAUUGAAUACUCACUUCCAGGUUUUGACCGCUUGGGAGCCGAAAUGUACGAGUACCAAGAUGUUUGACAACCAAGGUACAACUGUACUUGGUAAGAACUCUUCUGGUUUUUCUGCUUCUUGGCACCCCCAGGGAGAGAGAUAGGAUCCCCUGAAGCCUUGACAAAGAGGUUGGUACAGGAGGAUGACAUCAGGUGUUCCUAUCUUCCAACUGGAUUGUCCUUCCAUGUGCUCACAGGGCCACCUGCCACCAGCUGCCAUAUGGGAAGGAUCCUGAUGACAAGUUAGAUUCGGAUACUGCCUAGCAUGAUUUUACGAAUGCAUUUUAAAGUUACUUGUAAGCCUCUUUGAAGGAAUUUGCACCCUGAAAGGUAGGAUUCAAUAUGAUGAUAUGAUAUGAUAAACAAAAUAACACGGGGGGAACUUGCUCCAAUGCCGGUUGUCAGGUUUAUUUAAAGCCCACCCCAAACUGGGCUACAAUUUGGUGACUCAGGUUCAUUUGCAGUCUUCCUUCCAGGUGCCAUGAUCAGCACAUGAUGCCUAAUGUGUGUGAGUUGGGGAAACAUUAAGACAGCUGCCUUUAUGUGCAUGUGAAAUGCUGUGAUCUAGACAAGACAAUGUAGGUGCCACGUUUGAGCAUUUGAGAAACCCAUGGCAGCCAUGGCAGCUCUGGGAUUCAUAAGACCAAUUUAGAUCAUCAUUGCAAACACAAAGCUGAGUUUUUAGAACCUUUGAAAAACUGGUUGUAAUCUUCAACUGCUUUGAGUCCCUAUUUGUCAGCCGGAGAAGAGCACAGAAAUCUGUUUGCUCCAUGUAUUUGCCGCAUGACUUCUUGUCCUCCUGUUCAUGUCAACGUUCCCAUAUCCUGGUCCCGUUGUCAUUUCAAUCUCACCUUGGCUCCUGGUUGUAGGAAAUUAAAAGGCUUGGAUUUUCUGAAUGAGUUCUAAUAUUUUUUUAAAAAAGAGAUUAGAACAGAAUGGUUUCCAGGAGUGUUCUCUGAUGGAUUACAGUAGGAACUGGGUCAAGACCUGCUGAGGAUCAGGAAAUGUAAGACAGGAUCACGGACCAUUUGCUGACUUUGACACAAAUGUUCAGUGAGUUUGAGGAAAUGAGAUCAGAAUCACAAAUGGCACACAGCGUGCUCACUUCGUAGAUUAGCGCAUCACAUGAAAAUAGUUUUUCUUACUUAUGUAAGAUGAGGAAAAUCAUAAAUACCCAAACAAUUUCUAGGGGAGCUGAGAAGAUGAAACUGCAUAUUUAUAGUAGGAUUAAUUUUUGCAUUUCAAAACGUGGCGUUUCACCAUACAGAUCCUCACCAAAUUUAGCAUUGUUUGGGUAUGAACAGAGCAGUGAUUUUAGCGGUGGUGAUGGCAAGGGAUCAUUCCAGGUUUCCAGAAAAUUGAGAAUUUUUAUUCCGGCUGAUUUUCACCUUGUAUCAUGCUUCUGGACUGCAGAAUCAAAACUUGUGAGAAGCUUGUUUUUAAUCUUUCAAAAAGAUUUAAUCUUUCCCUCUUUUUCAAAGCAGGGAAGCAAGAUUACUGGUUACAGGGGAGGGAGGGGAAACCUGGAAAUGCACUCCUAUGAAUUGCAGUGAUCAAGCAAUUUGUAUCUACCAGUUGUAGGACCAAAGGGGGCUGCUUCAUACUGUAUUUACUUGAAUCUAAUGCUCACCUUUUCUGGCCAACUUACGCUGCAAAAAUUAAGGUAUGCGUUAGAUUCGUUGGCACAUUUACAUUUACCGGCAAGUACUUUGGGGUUUCAAGGUUCUGAAAACUGAGCUGCACGUUAGAUUUGAUGGCGCAUUGGACCCGAGUAAACGCGGUAUUUGUUCAUCUAGCCCAAUACUGUCUGCCCCAACCCUCCUCCAGCCUGGUGCCUUGAAGAUGUUUUAAAUUAUAACUCCCUCCAUCCCUGACCAUUGCCCAUGCUGCAUCCAAAGCAUCUGAAGGGCACCAGCUUGCAGAAGGUUGGUAUAACUGAAAAGUGGCAGCUCUCCACAUCUCAGGCAGCAAGAGAGUCUCAGGCACCUCUGUGGUGUCUGGUGCCCAUUCUGGGAGCCCGACAGUAGGUGGCGCUAGAGCUAAUGGGGACAAAAUUAGAAUUUGUUGGCUCUGCCUGCCUCCUGAUGAAUUCUACAAGAGCUAACACUGAGACUAAGGAGGAGGAAGCUGACAGGCUGGGCCACCAUAGGACUGGUUGUCUACAAAGAAGCAGGUGGAAGCUGGCUGAGGAGAGUGCCCCCACCACCCAAAUGGGCUAGCUACCUUUUUUUUAUGGGAGAAGCCAGGAAUUGAACCUAGAACCUUAUGUGUACCAAGAAAAUGAUCCACCUGUGAGCUACAGUCCACCCCAUACUGCAUAUUUCUGACCAGCAGAGCUUGUUUGAACGGAAAAAAAUGUUUUAGAAGAGUUGCCAUAUCUUCCAAGUUAUUCGUUUUCCUCUACAGAGGGUUGGAGACUGUGGACAGAUUGUAGGUUUUGCAGAGAGUUGCAGGAAGUAUUGUAAUGCGAUACACUUUCUUUGUCCUUGUUGGCCGUGACCUCUGUUCAAACUAGUUUUGCAAGUUUCCCCGGAGUGUGUCAAAAUCUCGCCCCCAGGAAUGUGGCCGGUGCUGUUUGCGACAGAAGUGUCUACAGUUUGCUGCGACCUCAAGCAGAACCCCCGCCGCCACUUUGCAUCCUGUUUGCUGCCGCUGUUAGGAAAGGGUUAGAUUUCUCUUGCUAAAGGUCUGAACACUUGCAGAGAGCUGUUGAAAGUACUCCGAGGCCCACAGGUUGUCCACCUGUACUGUUUGGAAAUAAUUGUCAGGAUACAGCUGGUGAAACAAGGGUUCACCACCCACCUAUAAUUUCAGGCCAGAUUUCCUGAUGCAAAUCAGACCAAGUUCAAUAGCACACACCAUGUUUUCGCACCAAUUCUGGGUCCAGUUGUCUUUUCAACAUUCAACUUUUGAAUGCCUCUUUAGCAUGUCUGAGAGAUGAGCUCUUCUCUGUAAUUCACCUCCUCCUCCCUCCACUUUCCCCCCUCCUUUGCUCUUUUCUGUUUGAGCAUUUUCACCAUGAUGCUUGCACUGAAAAUGUAUUUCCUAUGCAUUGACCCAGUUGCAUAGCAAAUCAAAGUCUUAAUUUACGGGGCGGGUAGAGAGAAAGUGUUCUGAACUGAUACUCUUUGAUCAUUUGGUUUUUUGACAUUCGGGGUCAGGGGACUAGAAUUUGCUUGCAAAAGACUGACUGAAUAUAUUCGACAUCAGGUAAUAAAAUCCUGAUUUCUGCCAGCAACUCGUUGAAAAGUUCUGAUGAAAGAAAGACUUUGGAAGCAGUCACACAUAAAACUGUCACACACAAAUGUUGUGUUAGUCUUUAAGGUGUGACAAAUCUCUUAAUGUUUGCAGUAACUGACUAACAUGGGUACCCUUCUAGUGUGGGUGGCGCUGUGGUCUAAACCACUGAGCCUCUUGGGCUUGCUGAUCAAAAGGCUGGUGGUUCGAAUCCCCAUUACGGGGUGAGCUCCUGUCGCUCUGUCCCAGCUCCUGCCAACCUAGCAGUUCGAAAGCACACCAGUGCAAGUAGAUAAAUAGGUACCACUGCGGCGGGAAGGUAAACGGCGUUUCCGUGUGCUCUGGUUUCUAUCACAGUGUUCUGUUGUGCCAGAAGCGGUUUAGUCCUGCUGGCCACAUGACCCGGAAAGCUGUCUGUGAACAAGCGCCAGCUCCCUCGGCCUGAAAGCGAGAUGAGCGCCACAACCCCAUAGUUGCCUUUGACUGGACUUAACCGCCCAGGGAUCCUUUACCUUUUUACCUUACCUUCUAGCAUAUAAUGCCUUAUACUAAGUCAGAAAAGCCACAAAGUCAAUGGGUCCUCUACCACUUUCUAAUUUUGAUGCAUUUAGGAACUGGUUCCUGCACCGACACUUGCAUAGAACAAUAAAUCUAAUUUGGGGUAGUUCUGCAGUUAAAUUACUUUGGAUGAUUUACAUAAAGAUAUAUAUCUAUAUAUAUAUUUAAAUGAACACUUCACGGUCCAGAGGGUUAUUUUCCCCUGCCAGCCAGGAGCUGGUUUCGAUGAAGCAAUGAAACGAGAUACAAUCCAGAGAUUUUGUCGACAACUCCGCAAUACAUUAACAGCUUCUCUAUACAGUCUUCUCAGCUUCACAAGGAAAUUAGCAUUUUCGGUCUAUUAAGUAUUUUUUUGGCUACCUCCCAAGUCUAUUAUAGAUCUGUGAAAGGUAAACUGCAGUUUCCAUGAUUCUUUUGGGGAGGUCUUUAAUGCAUCAUGUGGAUGCAGCCAGUGACGUAAGUGAAAUAGGCUGCAUCCACACAAUGCAUUAAAGACUUACCCAAAAUAAAAGAAUCAUGGAAACUGCAGUUUACCUUUCACAGAUCUAUAAUUCCCAGCAGCUUUAACAAACUACAGUCCUCUGGUAUGUAGGGUGUGUACUCAGCAUUCAUACUACAGGACCAUGAUUACCUCUUUUAUUGUUUGCAGGGCUUAUUGACUUUAGCUGCCAGUUUUGUGCAAUUAGACCCUCUGCUUUGUGUUUGCAUAUUAUACCAAGCCAUGUCAUUGGUCCAUUAGCCAAAUGACAACAAGCACAAGAAUCCUGACCUCCGUUGACUCGGGCAACCCUAUCCAGGCAUCUCUUUAAUAUUUAUCCCAUGGUCAAUGGUGCCACAAGUAACCUAUCUCCAGUGCCUCGAAAGAUUCCAUCAAUGGUGUCUCCGAAAAAUUUUACACAUCACUUGGGAAGACAGGCAAACUGGAAGAGGCAAAGAUCACCAGUGUUGAAGCAAUGAUUCUUCAACAUCAACUUCGUUGGACUGGUCAUGUUGUGCGGAUGCCUGAUUAUCAUCUUCCAAAGCAACUACUCUAUUCCGAAAUUAAAAAUGGAAAUCGUAAUGCUGGUGGUCAACAAAAGAGGUUUAAAGACUGUCUCAAGGCAAAUCUUUAAAAAUGUAGCAUAAACACUGACACUGGGAAACACUGGCCUGCGAGCGCUCCAGUUGGAGAACAGCCUUGACCAAAGGUGUCAUGGGUUUUGAAGACACUUGAACUCAGGACGCAAGGGAGAAACGGGCUAAGAGGAAGGCACGCUUGGCAAAUCCACACCAUGACCAACUCCUGCCUGGAAACCAAUAUCCCACUGUGGAAGGACGUGUGGAUUCAGAACUGGCCUCCACAGUCACUUACAGACUCAUUGUUAAAACCGUGUUUAUGGAAGACAAUCUUACUCGGCUACGAAUGAUCGCCAAAGAAGAAGAAGAAUCCACUCUUAGAGUCCCCAGCUCACUUCCCCUCUUUAUUGCACAUUUGGUAGUAUCAGAAGGGAAGCGUACUCUUGUAUUUGUAAUUAGCCAUUUCCAGGACUGGACUCGGGGGCCAGCAUCAUUUGGAACCUGUUGAGGCUGGUGCCCUAGUAGAAGGUACCCACUGCCAAUCCCUGGAGUCUCCUGCCCCUGAUGCUCCCCUUCUUUUCUGUGGCUGCCUGUUCACUUGCCCCAUGAAUACCCAACCUUGUGCCCAUCAGAUGCUAUUGGACUCCUACUCCCAUCAUCCCUGGCCAUUGGCCAUGCUGGUUGUUGUAGUCCAACAAAAUCUGGAGGAUGCUACAUUGGCUUCCACUGGCCUACCUUCUCUGAGUGAGGAAGCAGGGGGAAGAGAAGUCCUUUUCACACCCCUUGCCUCUCUGUCUCUUACUCUAGGAGGUGGUCCGGAGUAGGCACAGCUGCAGAGGCCAAUGAACACAUGGUGGCAACAGAAAAGAAGAGGAAGAGAAUGCAUUCCUUAUGGGUUGGAGUUCUUCCCCAAACCUAGAACUGCUCUGCUUCUUCUACAUGCCAUUAUCCCUCUUGCUCACUCUUCCAGGCCUAAAUACCUAGAGUGCUCUUUUUUUGCUUCAAUUCCUCUGAAGUCACCCACUCAGGAAAAAGUCACCUCUCAGUCUCAAGUAUUCCUACUUCAUGAUAGUUUAUUUCAGGGAUGGGGAACCUGAUGCCUCCAACUCCCAUCAGCCCUAGCAAGCAUGGCCAAUGAUGGGACUUGUAGUCAAGGAAUACCUUGAGGUCCAUGGUUUUCCCCACCCCUGGUCCACGUCCCUAAUUCAGGAGUCAUUCCUCCAGCCACCACUCACUCAAUCCUUCUGAAUGAGACUCAACGAGACUGUCUGGACUUUAAGAUCAGCUUCUAGUGCCCCUCUCUUUGAUCUGUUGAUACCAGUUGACAGCUUGACAGAUACCAAGAGACAGGAAUUUUUCUGGGGUGGCUCUGAAUUUCCUCCCAUGCCUGGCUCCAUCACUGUUGCUUUUUGCAAAAGAAACCUUAAGGCCCCCUUUUUUUUUUGCUGAAUCCGCCUUUUGUAAAUUGCUGUCCCAUGUGAUAACAGUUAUGCUGCUCAUUUUUAAGGGGAGUAUAACGCAAGUUUAAUUUGAUGGUUUUAUACUGCAUGUUGUUGCUUCUCUAGGGCAUUGUGCUUGUGAGGGCAACAGUUUAGAAAUCUUUUAUGAAAUAAAGUAUCGGUUGCCGUCCUGCCUGGAAGCUAGAUGUGAAACAGACCAAGUUGCAAAAGCAUCCCUUCCAACAGGUGUGGGAGAGCUAUUCUCUAUAUCUAAAAUCUGGGAUGCAGCUUUUGUCACACCUGACACGUCAGCCUAACAGAAGCUGGGGGGGGGUGCAUAGCAACCGAGAUGUGACUGCUUUGUCUCCGUACACUUAAGACAAUUACAAACGCUGCUCAGAUAGUGUGGAUUUUUUAAUUGCAGCCUGAUGCUCCAACCCGGCUUUUAAUUAUAAAUCUCUGCCCUAGAACCGGUUAUUAAUUGCAGUGCUCAAUCUAAGAAGAUGUGAAGUUGCUGCACUAGUAUUGUUGCAUCCUCAAAAGCACAGGCCCUCCCAGCAACUUUUUAGAAACCCAAACUUCUAUAGCAGAGAUAGGGAACAUGUGGCUCUCAUAUCUUGUCAGUCUCCAAGUGCUCCUCAGGCCCAGCCAGCUCGGUUGCCAAGCACAGAUGAUGGGAAUUAUAGCUCACUGACAUCUAGAGAACCACAUUUUCCCAUCCCCUGCCCUAUUGAAACAGAAGCAUUUAUUUAUAAUUGAAGGCAGCCAUCUUGACACUGCAUUCAUAUGUUGCAGAAUAGGAGGUGAAGUGGUUUUUAAGAGCUUCAUUUCAGAAAAGGUUUGCUAGUGUGAAGUCCGGGCUACCACUUUAGAAGUUCAUGGGAGACCCUGAAAACUGUUUUACAGUGGUGCCCCGCAAGACGAAUGCCUCGCAAGACGAAAAACUCGCUAGACGAAAGGGUUUUGCGUUUUUUGAGUCGUUCUGCAAGACGAAAUUCCCUAUGGGCUUGCUUCGCAAGACGAAACGUCUUGUGAGUUCUUGCGAGUUUGUUUCCUUUUUCUUAAAGCCUCUAAGCCGUUAAUAGCCGCUAAGCCGCUAAGCCGUUAAUAGCCGCUAAGCCGCUAAUAGUCGCUAAGCCACUAAUAGCCGUGCUUCGCAAGACGAAAAAACCACAAGAAGAAGAGACUCGCGGAACGGAUUAAUUUCGUCUUGCGAGGCACCUCUGUAUUCUAAAGUUAUGCAGGUACAGUAUUUCUUCUAAGAAAGAACUCAAGGGGGUACCAGGUCAGUCUCCCAUCCAUGUACCAACCAGACCCAAACCAGCUCAGCUUCAGCAAGGUUCCCAUAUUGUGUGCUGCCAGACCAUCCUUAGGAUGAACACUCCAGUUUCAUGGAUUCGCUGCAACUGAUAGGUUUCCGCUGCCCCAGAGAGUAAACAGGAAUGCCUUUCUUUCACAACAGUCAGUUCCUGUCUGUUUGGGGAUCUGGCAUUUUCACCACACAUUGACUCCUCCUUUGGGCCUUCAUGCUGAACUCGGGAACCAUAAUGGUCUGAAUUAGACCCAUUGCAUGUUGGAAGAUGUGCGUUCCUAUCCUUGAUUGCUAGAAUGUGUAGACAUCCCAUGAAUGUGAAUGUUGGGAGACUCAUAACACAUAUAGUGAAACUUGUUCCUGCAGGACUCUACAAUUCUAUGAUUCUGUGAUCUAGUAGACUAUUAAAAAAAAAUUUAUAAUAUUUUUAAGCUAACAUUUGUCAACCCUGAAUGGGGCUUACCGGGUGUUUAUGGGAUGCAGGUGGUGCUGUGGUCCAAACCAUUGAGCCUCUUGGGUUUGCCAAUCAGAAGGUCAGCAGUUUAAAUCCCCAUGACUGGGUGAGCUCCCAUUGCUCUGUCCCAGCUUCUGCCAACCUAGCAGUUCGAAAUCACACUAGUGCAAGUAGAUAAAUAGGUACCGCUGCGGCAGUAAGGUAAAUGGUGUUUCCGUGCACUCUGGUUUCCGUCAUGGUGUUUGGUUGCACCAGAAGUGGUUUACUCAUGCUAGUCAGAAAGCUGUCUGUGGACAAAUGCCGGCUCCCUCAGCCUAAAAGCGAGAUGAGCGCCUCAACCCCUUAGUCACCUUUGACUAGACUGAACCGUCCGGGGGUCCUUCAUGUUUACCUUUAUGCUUGGCUGGGGCUAGUGGGAGCUGUGUUCAAAACAUCUGGAGGGCACUAGGUUGGUGAAGGCUGAUAUAAAAUGUCUCAUCAGAGGAAGAUUUAAGUUCCAGGUACAUGAGGGAUGCAGGUGGCGCUGUGGGUUAAACCACAGAGCCUAGGACUUGCCAAUCAGAAGGUUGGCAGUUCGAAUCCCCGUGACGGGGUGAGCUCCCGUUGCUCGGUCCCUGCUCCUGCCAACCUAGCAGUUCAAAAGCACGUCAAAGUGCAAGUAGAUAAAUAGGUACCGCUCUGGCGGGAAGGUAAACGGCAUUUCCAUGCACUGCUCUGGUUCUCCAGAAGUGGCUUAGUCAUGCUGGCCACAUGACCUGGAAGCUGUACACCAGCUCCCUUGGCCUAUAGAGCGAGAUGAGCGCCGCAACCCUAGAGUCGGUCACAACUGGACCUAAUGGUCAGGGGUCCCUUUACCUUUACCUUACAUGAACCAAAAGCACUGAUGUCGGAGCUUACUUCCUAAGCUUAUUUUUCCCACUGCCACUUGAAAGGCUCAAGACAAUUUCUAUAGCAGAGGUGUUUAAACUGUUUAACAAACCACCAAAAACAUUUUGUACUGUUUGCCGUACACCAGGUUGAUAAAUGAACACUUAUACCUACAACCACAUGAAUGCUCACCUGGGAGUAAGCACCAACAAGCACAAUGAGACUUACUGUAGUGUAAAAGUGGGUAAAUAUGAGCUGCAAGCCAGGCCUCUGAGGAAGUAACCAGAUGGAUUAAGUUAAACAGGAGGAUAAUGAACAACCGUUCAAACAGCAAACACAAUAAAUAAAGGGAAACAAACACAGCCAAUUCUAUCCAGUCACUGUUCCUCCUUCACGGGCAAAUAAGAACCCUCAUAUUUAAAGUUAAGCCUGAAAUCUGAGGUCCCAACCAAAGAAGAAUGGCAACAUAAGUUGACAGAAUAUGCACAGCUUGCAGACUUAACAUGUAGAAUAAGAGAACAAGAAGAACAUAUGUUUAGAGAAGAUUGGAAAACGUUUCUGGAAUAUAUGGGAAAUAACUGUGUAUAGCUGAAAACACUGUUUUCAGAUAAAUUGAUAAAUACUGAUAAAUUGAUAAAUUGAUAAAUUGAACGAUGUAAAUAAAGUUUUGAUGGAUGUAAUAAUGGAAAACUGAAUGGUAUAGUUUAUGUAAAAUAUGCAGGGAUAUGUAAAAUGAACCAUGGAAAGUCACUGAUGUAAAAAUGAGUACUUUAAAUUGUAAAACAGAAAAUUUAAUAAAAAUUGUAUUUCUAAAGUUAAGCAUGAAAUCCGGCAGUGAUUCCAUCAGGACUUGGCCUUGCCCCCAAACUCACAAGGUUCCCAAAUGCACCAGGCUGACUUAGCAUCUUUUAUAGUAAAUGAAGUACCUACAUAUUCCCAUUUAAAGUCCCACCACCAGCAGAGGAACAGUUUGAAGUCUGUACCCAGAAGGGAAUGAGUUAUGUUAUGAUGUAGCUUAAAAGUUUGUAUAAUCAAUAAUAUUUUAAAUUUGGCAGGAAUGCCUCGAGUACUGAAGAAUCCUGCUGUCAUGUACCAGGAGGAGGAGGCAGAGACACGAAAUGAAUAUGAAGGGACGUCAUCUCCUAAGCAGAAGAAUGGUAUUUUGACACCUGGUAAGAGGAGAGUUAAGGUUCAGCCUUACAAAAUGUGGUGGGGUAUACAGGGGCUCGUUUGAGUAGACAUUUUGUUCCUCCAAAUGGUUGCAACCCAAUCCUUUGUAUGCCCCACUCCCAAAACACCUGAUCAAAUUGUACUCACUUCCAAGCAGUCCUAUUUUUGUAGAAAAAGAGGUGCCAGAACUCACCAUGAACACCUCCCUUGUUCUCCUAGAAUGGCAAUGGCAAUCACCUGAGAAGUGCCAGAACCAACAAGUUUCAGUUGGAAAAAAGUCAUGCUUCCAAGUCACUUCAGAGGAUACGGAGAGUUGUUAAGAGACUCCCAUUUCCCCGUGGAGUUACAAUUCUCUCUCUCAAAUUUAUUUAUUUGUGUUUUUUUCAAAGUAAAAUUUUACAAUCACAUAUCCAACAUAAAAACAAGAUUUCCAAAGAAUCUCCUGGACUUCCCUCCUCCUCUUUGUGGGUCCUAUUGUUAGUCCUUUCCUCCUGCAUCUUUCAUAAUAAUCCAAAUCUUUUACAUCUCCAUUAGGUCCAAAAUUCACCAUUAAACUACAAGUGGCAUUCCAACCCCACUAACAAUUUUAGCUGUUUAGAAUGAUUUUUAAGGAAGAUGAUAAAUUUUCCCCAUUCCUUAUUAAAAUGUUGGUCUUCCUGAUUUCUGAUUCUUCCAGUCAUUUGUGCCAUUUCGGCAUACUCCAUCAACUUGAUCUGCCAUUCUUCUCUGGUUAGGACUUUAUAUUAUUUCCAUCUCUGGGCUAGUAGCAGUAGUCGCAUACAUAAAUAGUCUUCUUGGGAGUUACAAUUCUCAGAGUGGUUUAACGAUCAAUUGCUCUUCAUGGGGAACUCUGGGAAACAGGGGUGCCAAUUUGAAUAAAAUAUUGGGGUGGGGGCAGGAAAGCCCCACCCUGCAUAAUCGAUCACAUGACAUGGUGUGCAGACACCAUUUGACUAGCAGUGCCCAUUGACUUUGGAGGAGGGCUGGCCCCCUCAAAUAUUUCCUUGGGGUAGUCAAAGACCCUUCGGCCCCUAGGAGUUGGCUCCUAUGAUGGGAACUGUAGCUCUGCGAGGGGAAUUCACUCUUCUUGAUAACUCUCAGCACCCUUAACAAACCUCAGCUCUCAUAAUUUCCUUGGGGAAGCCAUGUUUAAAGUGUUAUCAUAGUCAGUGCUUUUUUUCUUAAAAAAAAAAAUUAGGGCUACUCUCAAUUUUCUACUCAUAUUGAAAUACUGCCCCUCAAUGAGGCCAAACUUAGAUUCACAAAAUGUUUAGGAGUAUGCGUACCCCUGUGUACCCCCAGAAAAAAGCAUUGAUCGUAGUGCUUCAAAUGUAUGGGGCAUAUAUGGCCAAAAUCUUGUAGCCAUUUAUUGACUCAGGCUUGGUUUGUCUGAUAUUGUCCAACACUUUCUCCUUCGUAAACGGAGUCUUUCCCCAUUUCUCCCUUUCUGCUGAAUACUCACCUUUUUGGCCAAGUUAUUUUAGCCUACUGUAAACCCAGCUGUCUUAUGAAACCCUUUGCCAGUUUUCCUUCCCACCAUUCCCUACUCCCGGCCGCCCAAAAUUGGGCCAGGUGUUGAGAUGUAUGGAGAAUAUGACAUUAUUUGCUGUCCAGGACUGUGAGGGAAAUGACUGAGGUGACACACAACGCUAACGAGGGCAUUACCUUAGAGCAGACGUAUGUUUUCUUCUUUUUCUCUCUUUUGCAGCUUUCUUUAUUGCCCUCAUUUGGCUUCCAGUGAAAAUUACAUGCCCAUGUCUGAGGAAGAGAGGUUGCCUGAGGCGACUGUGUACAUUUGUGUGGGGGAAAACGACAAGAUUUGCUCUGGGACUGAGUGAAAAGAAUUGAAGGGAAGAUGACAAAGAGUGCUUGGUCUGGGCACCACCUUAGAACUGUCCAUUUUGAAUACUAUUAUAAUUAUUUUGCAGCUGUCAUCAUUGGCCUCCUUUGGACUCCAGUGACCACUGUGUUCUCACGUCUGAAGAACUGAAGUCCCCAGAUGCUUACAACCCUCUCGAAAUCUCAAGAGUGAUGGGUGAAGCUGACUAGGCCUGUAACACAGAGAGACUGGUGGAGCUUGCUCAGCUUAUGAUGUGCAGAUGCAGAAUUUGAAUGUGUGGAAACCAUCCGCUGCUAAUAGGGAUGAGGAGAAAAUUGCCGCAAUUUGCAUUUUCACCUGCAAUUCCCGGAAAAAAAUGCAGCUCUCCUCUGAAAUUAUUUUAUAUUUAUAUAUAUUAAUUUUAUUAGUUUUCCAAAUUAUAACAAAUUGAUCCAAAUUAUUAAGAUUUAAUACAUUUUUUUGAACAUAGUUUUUCUGCUCCUGUUACAAUCAUAUGUCCUGAUGUUGCCACUUCAUUCUUCUUCUUUAAUCACCUUCUCAUCCGUCUGUUAAUUUUAAUCCAUUUUCAAAGCUGACCUUUCUUGUUCCCUUGCAAUCAGCACCCUUGUUGUUUCGCAAAUAUAUAGAUAUCGAUUUCACGCGUGUAGUCCUUCUAGCACUUUGUUCUCAAACCUGGAGUGUAGAGAUAAUUUAUUGCCACCGUCCUUUGUCCAUUCACAUUCCACUCCUUUGAAAACAUUCCUUCAGUUGUUCAAGGAGUUGCUGGGCUAUAAAUAACUUCCCAACAAGAUGCCUGCUCCGCCAUUUAUCUCUGCCAUUAAAAUUCUGAGGAUUAUUUUUCUCGGUCCGCAGUUAAAAAACAAAGUCACAUAUAUAAACUCCUGCCAGAUGUAAUUAGCAGUCCUUCGUCUUGCCAAAUUCCUCUCUCCUCCACUCCUGGUCCAGUCCAAAGAUGAUUUGAAUUGAGUCUAUUUCAUCUCGGUCGAAAUUCACACUUCUCCAAAUGUUGUGAUGCUGUCCCACAGUGAAAUAAAUUGUGUAUGGAGAUGUGUAGGUUGGGGGAAGGUGUACAUAAAAAUGCAGCUGUGAAAAUAAAAUAUCAAAUGCAUAUAGGGGGAAUUGCUUGCCAAAAUGCCGAUAUUAGUCUGAAUGCCGUACAAAAUGGUGUCUACUGAGAGAAAAGCGCUGACGAAUUUACACGAGGACAUUUUUUUAAGGAAAUGCAAACUGGUGAAGAAAUGUGACGAACUGAAUUUUCGAUCAGAAAAACGGCAGACAGAGAGAAACUGAAAUUGACAAGGUUCAUCCCUCCGUAAUUCCAAAGGGAGAAACACAGACUAGAUUUACAACAUAAAUGGACCAUUUAUGUGCUACCAUAUUUAGCUGAGUUGCUUUUUACAUAGCACACAAUUGCUGGGCAACAUGAACAUUGUAAGUGAAUAUUAAUGUUGUUUCUGCAGUAUGCAAUUGAUUACAGCUUCUUUUCUAACCAUGUUUGCACAUACCUCUAGGCUUAAUGCGACAAUAAUUCGAGAGUAGAUCUGAAUUGGGCAGAAAUUAGACUUGUAAUGGAUUUCACAUGGAUGAACACCACCUUGGAAACCUCUUCACCUCUUCAGAUAUGCAAAAGAAACCUUAAUUAUUUGGUAGGUUUAAAAAUAUGAGGGUCAGGGAAAGGAUAUGUCGACUCCUGUUUUCAGAAAAAAGGAAAAACCCUAUACGCUGCAAUAAAUCACAGGCUUAGCCCAAUGACAAAGCUUUAUGAAUUAGAUGUGGAUGGAAAGGCAAUACCCUGAUUUCAUUAAGAGCCUAUAAUGCAUUUGCUAAAUCUGAUUUGUGCGAAGAGAUGCCAGCAAUUUUACCUGCAUGGAUAUAGCUGAGGUUGGACAGCUUUGCAUGCUUAAGUUACUUAAAUGUGCCCAUAUAGUUUUGUAGCUGUGUUGCAAUUUUAAUUUUUGUCGUGAGCUGCCUCAAGUGUAUGACGAGGUGGUAUCUAGACGCUUCAAGGAGAAAGAAGGAGACUACGAGAAGGGAGGCAUUUUGUCAUGUCAGCACUUAGCCGCUUUUUGUGCUAUUCAUUAUUUAGCAGCCAGGCUUUUUGGAUGCCUGUCAAACAUUGCUUUGCAAUCCUGGAAAGAAUUCGGUUUCAAACCUCAGUGGAUCAUUUCAGAUGAUGAAGAAAAGCCUUGGAUUUUAUUUUUAGCACUUUGGAGCACAUCAAGAUUCAGUGGCAGACCAACCUUUCACCAGUCCUGGUGGAUCAGACUGAAAGGUCCAUUUGAUUCAGCGUCCCAUUCUCUCUCUCUCUCUUUUUAAUGAUUUUUAUUGAAGUUUCAAAACACCAACACCAACCAACAAAAACAUCACGUCUUAUUACACAUAUCCUGCUUUAUGCUCCAUAGAGCCAUUGACUUCCGUCCUUCCCUUCCACCAGUUUUCCUAUUCCAAUCUAUAAUUCACAGUUUAUUUAAUUAAAAAUUAUACCAUGACAUAAGAUUUACUUCAAUCCUGCCAACAUUUUCAUAUUUGUACAGGUCUCACUUAUAUAAACCAUAAAUUUACUCCAUUCUUUUUGGUACUUUGUCUCCUCCUGAUUCCAAAUUCUGUGUGUCAAUUUAGCCAUUUCAGCGUAUUCAACCAGUUUUAUCUGCCAUUCUCUUAUCGUCGGCAUCUCCUGUAACUUCCACUUUUGGGCUAUCAAAACUCUAGCUGCUGUUGUUGCAUACAGAUAUAGUCUUUGGUCUAUCUUCUUAAUAUCUUCUCCCACCAAGACUAGCAAAAAUUCUUCCAGCUUUUUGGGAAAACUAUACUUAAACAUCUUUUUAAACUCAUUAUAAACCGAUAAAACUCUUUUAUUUUAUUGCAUGACCAC